ACCUUUGCUGAGCGCUCUAACAGUUUGUGAGUCACUUGAACUAUGCGUAGUGCUUGAAUUGUCACCAUAUAAAGGAAAAUUCAAUGCAACGUAAAUAGCAUGUGAACAAGUUCAGCGACAACUCUGUGGCGGUUUUUGUGUAAUAAUGGACUAGUUUUAAAUUUAAAUAAAUGGCAGCAACGUACAAACGUGAAAGAAUUGUGAAAACAUAACUAUAAACAUAACCUUGGAAUACAAACAAGUUUAUAGAAUUUUUUGAGACCAAACAUUUUUUGUAAAAUAUUACAAUGGAGAAGAAAAGAGGAAACUAUAAUAAACAUGGAAACAGACCCCAAAAACAGCCACAAGAAAUUGAUGAAACCAACCCAAUAAUGAAAAUGUUCAAAGACUUCUCUAUACAACUGGAUGAAAAACAUGACAGAUAUGAAAGAAUUGUGAAACUCUCCAGAGACAUCACAAUUGAGAGCAAAAGAAUCAUCUUCCUGCUACACAAUCAAGAUACAGACAUAGAAAGUAAAAGAGCUGGCAUUCUGCAAGAAGCUGACAAAAGAUUAAAGCAAUUAAUUGAUGGGCAAUUCAAGUCUAUUGCAAAUGAAUUGAAGGGUCAAGACCAUUAUCAAUUCUUAAGGGCUUACACUGCUGGUGUACAGGAGUUUAUUGAAGCAAUGCUCUUCUAUCAAUACAUCAAAGAUGACACUAUUGAUCAAUGGCAUGUCAUAAAUGAUAAGUUUACUUACAAGUCUGAAGAAGGUGAUGAUUACUCAUUCUUGUUCCCACAAAUGGAGUUUAUCUUGGGGCUGGCUGAUUUUACUGGGGAAUUGAUGAGAAAGUGCAUAAACAGUAUUGGUUCUGGACAAGUAGAGACCUGUUUCAAGAUCUGUGGAUUUGUCAAGUUUAUCUUGAGUGGUUUCAUGGGCUCAAAUAAUACUGGGCAUAAGGAAGUGGGUAGGAAGUUGUACACAUUGAAGCAGAGCCUUACCAAGAUGGAGAUGGUUUGUUACAACAUUAGAGUAAGGGGUAGUGAGGUGCCUAAACAUAUGUUGGGAAUUGUUUCAAGCCGACAUAAUUUGGAAGAUAUUCGCGAUGAAGACGAGGGAUAUUAUUAAAUUAUAUUGACAUGCAUUAUUAUACAAUUAAUUGUUUGUGAAAUUACAUGUAUAACUGUAUAA